AUGACUGCAACAGCUGAGGACUACUUAGUCAUGUUCAGGAUGCUUAAUCAUGUUCCGGAUGCUGUUAAGUUCCAUCAUGCCGUGAUUGGAGCGAAGGGCACCCUCAUGCCCAAGCUAGCUGACCUAAUAACCAAGGAGUACAACCUUCAGAGGGGUGUCAGGGGCGAGAUCAUGUUCCUCAAAGCCGAGAUGGAGAGCAUGCAGACGGCUCUCCUCAAGGUUUCCGAGGCACCGAUCGACCAGCCACCGGACAUCCAAGUCAAGCUUUGGGCCAAGCCUGUGAGGGACCUGUCGUACGACCUCGAAGACAGCAUCGACAAGUUCAUGGUGCGCAUCGAAACCCAUGAACCAGAGAAGUCGCAUAGCUUCAGGAAUUUCAUUGAUAAGAGUCUCAGCCUACUGACCAAGGGCAAGAUUCACCACAAGAUCGGCAUCGAUAUCAAAGAUAUCAAGAGCCGUAUCAAGGAGGUCAGCGAGCGCCGUUAUAGGUACAAGGUUGACAGUGUGGUUACCAAGCCAACCAGACAAACUGUUGAUGCCCUUCGCCUAUCAACCUUGUAUAAAAAGGCAACCAACCUCGUUGGCACAGACAAGAAGAGCCUUGAGGUAAUCAAGAUGCUGACUGAGGGAGAUGAGAUUUCCAAGGAACAGCUUCGGGUGGUCUCUAUUGCUGGACUUGGUGGAUUAGGAAAGACAACCCUGGCUAAUACAGUGUAUGAGAAGCUUAAAGUGCAUUUCGAUUUUACGGCUUUCGUUUCCUUGUCUCUUAAUCCUAACAUGGAGAAAAUUUUCAAGAGCUUGCUCCAUCAACUUCACAAGCAAAAGUAUGAGAAUAUCAACGAGGCUGCAUGGGGCGAAGCACAACUCAUCAGUGAGAUAAGAACAUUUCUUGAAAACAAGAAGUACUUGAUUGUUAUUGACGACAUAUGGGAUAAAUCUGUCUGGGAAAACAUCAAAUAUUCGUUGACAGUGAAUGAGCAUGCAAGUAGAGUAAUCACAACAACUCGCAUUCUUAAUAUUGCCGAGCAAGCUGGUGAUGUUUAUCGGCUGGAACCACUUUCUGUUGUUGACUCAAGAAAGUUGUUCCACCAAAGAAUAUAUGAGACCGAGAACAAAUCACCACCUAAUCAAUUGUUUGAAAUAUCUGAGAAAAUUUUAAGAAGAUGUGGUGGAGUGCCGUUAGCUAUCAUUACAAUAGGUAGCUUGCUGUCCAGCAAAACGGAAAGAGAACAUACACAAGAGUAUUGGUCCAAGGUGUACAAAUCAUUGGGUUCAGGGUUAGACAAUGGUCAUGAUGAUGUGAAGAACAUGAGGAGGAUAUUAUCCGUCAGUUACUCUGACCUACCUCCACACCUCAAGACUUGUAUACUGCAUCUUUGUUUGUAUCCAGAGGAUUAUGAGAUUCAAACUGAACGGUUGAUAUGGAAAUGGGUGGGUGAAGGUUUUGUGAAAAAAGAACAUGGGAGGAGCUUAUGUGAAGUAGGAGAGGAUUACUUUGACCAGCUCAUUAAUAAAAGUUUGGUCCAACCUGUAAAAAUCGACAAUGGGAAUAAAGUACACUCUUGUCGCAUACACGACAUGGUGCGUGACCUCAUCACUUCCUUGUCAACUGAGGAGAACUUCGUAACGAUAGUAGGUUGUCAGCAACCAGUCUAUCUACCAAGUAAAAUCCGCCGACUGUCUGUCCAGACCAACAUUGAAGAGGUUGCUAAUCAGCUUCCAACCAUGAGCUUGUCCUAUAUAAGGGCACUUACUGUGUCUAGUCUCGCUUUCAGUUUGUUGCCAGCACUUACGGGUUUUCCAAUCCUACGUGUGCUGGAUUUAACUGACUGCAAGCAAGUGGAUAAUAAUCAUUGGAAGGAUAUAUGCAGUUUGUUUCACUUGAGAUAUUUGAGUUUAAAAGGUACAUCUAUCACUAAGAUCCCGAAAGGUAUUGCGGAUCUGCAAUUUCUUGAAGUGUUGGACAUAAGGUCCACUGAAAUAGAUGAAAAGCUGCCGUCAACCAUUAUUCAGUUAACACGUCUGUUGUUACUCCACAUGCUUGAUAGCAUCACUUGUGCAGUGCCAAGGUGGAUCUGCUCCAUGUGUUGCCUCUUUUCCCUAAGUAUCAGACUUGAACUGGGAGAGGAGGAUCUUCAAGUCUUAGGCAGUAUACUGUCUCUCAGUGAACUGCACAUACAAGUGAAGAAACCUACACAAGGCAGAGAUAAACGGCUGGUCAUUGACGGUCGCUACCUAUUUCAAUGUCUAAUGAGGUUCAGAGUCGAGAGUGAAACCAUGGAGUUAAUGUUUGCACGGGGAGCCAUGCAAAGUCUCCAAACCCUGCGGUUAGAAUUUAAAGAUGUCCCUAACUCAUUGGUUCAGUUUGGUGCUCCUAUGUUCGGUUUAGAGAACCUCUCUUCACUUGAGCAUAUCAAUGUUGAGUUCAGAAAUGGUGAAGACGGCAAUGAGAUACGAAAUAUGAGAAAUGCAGUGAAGAGAGAAAUCUAUAUGAAUCGAAACAAGCCCAAACUGGAUUUCCCACAAACAACAGGGGUAAAUAUACUAUUUCACACAUUCAUGCAACAUGUGUGUGUGCGCGCGCGCGCGCGUGUGUAUUCAUAUCCUUGUGUAUUUUUUUUUACUUUAUAG